CUCACGGCACUCGCCGCGAUGGGUUUCGGUCAGCUGGUCAUCGGCCCUCCGGGUAGUGGUAAGACGACGUACUGCAACGGGAUCCAGCACUUUUUCCAGCUCACUGGUCGGCCAUGCGCGGUCAUCAACCUGGAUCCCGCCAACCACGAUCCGCCCUACGAGUGCGCCGUCUCCGUCGAGGAGCUCAUCACCCUCGAGGAGGCGCAGCGGGAGUUCAACCUGGGGCCGAACGGCGCGAUGGUGUACUGCAUAGAAUACGUGAGUAAGAAUCUCGACUGGCUAAAGGAGAGGGUCACCCCCCUCGUGGCCGAGGGCAAGUACGUGCUCUUCGACCUCCCGGGCCAGGUUGAGCUCUUCAACAUGCACGAUGCCCUGAGGGAGGUAGUGGCUGCCAUCACGGGACCAGAAUGGAACCUGAGGCUAUGCACCGUGCACCUCAUCGACAGCCACCUGUGCGCGGACCCCGCCAAGUACAUAGCCGCGCUCAUGCUGUCCCUGUCCUCCAUGCUCCACCUCGAAACCCCGCAUGUCAACGUCCUCUCCAAGGUGGACCUCAUGGACAAGUACGGCGAGCUGGAUUUCAACCUUGAGUACUACGCCGACGUCAUGAACCUCGAGUACCUGGCGGACAGGAUACUGGACGGGAACCAGGAUGCAAUCGGCACGGCACCGUCGCCGGGGCAGACGAUGAUGCGAAAGAAGUACGGGAAGCUGACCAAGGGCCUGUGCGAGCUGGUGGAGGACUUUGGGCUGGUUAACUUUACGACGCUGAGCAUAGAGGACAAGGCGAGCGUGGAGCGGGUGGUGCAGCUCACGGAUAAAAGCAUAGGGUAUUUCAACGCGGGGGGGUUCAGCGCGGCGGCGGGACCGGGGAUGGAGAACGCCGUGGGUGGGACGGAUUACGACGAGCGGGCGUUGGUGUCGAACAUGACGGUUGGUUCAAAUUACGAGCGGCACCAUGAGGUACAGGAGAGGUUCUUUACUGACAGAGACGAACGGGUGGUGCCGCCGUAGCCUUUAGGAAGCAUUCGUAGUAUCAAUGACAACAAAGUCUAGCUAGCUAGUC